CCGGAGUUAGCGGUGCUCGGGUCCUGGAGCAACAUGGCGGCGUCCAUGAGGGGCUUGUUUGGGGACUACGUAGUGUUUAGUACGGCUGUUUUGCUAGACUCUGACCGUGUGAAGUUUUCCCCAAGUAUCCAGGUUAAAGAACUGUGUACUAAUAAGCAGACACAGAGACCCGCCAUUCGUUCGUGGUCACGCUAAGGAGCGGAAUCCUGAGCACUGACCAAGAUGAGUAACAUCUACAUCCAGGAGCCGCCCACGAAUGGGAAGGUUUUAUUGAAAACUACAGCUGGAGAUAUUGACAUCGAGUUGUGGUCAAAAGAAGCUCCUAAAGCAUGCAGGAAUUUCAUUCAGCUCUGUUUGGAGGCCUACUACGACAACACCAUUUUUCACAGAGUUGUACCUGGUUUCAUAGUCCAAGGUGGAGAUCCCACAGGCACUGGGACUGGUGGAGAGUCUAUCUAUGGAGCUCCAUUCAAGGAUGAAUUUCACUCACGGUUGCGUUUUAAUAGAAGAGGACUGGUUGCCAUGGCAAACGCUGGUCCCCAUGAUAAUGGCAGCCAGUUUUUCUUUACCCUGGGUCGAGCAGAUGAACUUAACAAUAAGCACACCAUCUUUGGAAAGGUUACAGGGGAUACAGUGUACAACAUGCUGCGCCUGACAGAAGUAGAUAUCGACAAUGAAGAGAGACCCCGCAAUCCACACAGGAUCAAAAGUUGUGAGGUUUUGUUUAAUCCUUUUGAUGACAUCAUUCCAAGAGAUAUUAAAAAGCCCAAGAAAGAUAAACCAGAGGAAGAAGUCAAGAAAUUGAAACCCAAAGGAACAAAAAAUUUUAGUUUGCUUUCUUUUGGAGAAGAAGCUGAGGAAGAGGAGGAGGAAGUGAACCGAGUCAGUCAGAGCAUGAAGGGGAGAAGUAAAAGCAGCCACGACCUGCUCAAGGACGACCCACAUCUAAGCUCUGUCCCGGCUGUUGAGAGUGAAAAAGAUGAUGCAACAGGAGAUUUAGAAGAUGAUGAAGAAGAUGAAAGUACAGCGCAUGAUGAAUACAUUGAUGAUGAUGAAAAGAACCUGAUGAGAGAAAGAAUUGCAAAAAGACUUAAAAAAGACACAAGUACAAAUGUGAAAUCAGCCGGAGAGGGAGAAGUGGAGAAAAAGCCAGUCAGCCGAAGUGAAGAGCUCAGAAAAGAAGCAAGGCAAUUAAAACGGGAACUCUUAGCAGCAAAACAGAAAAAAGAAACUGCUGCAAAAGUGGAGAAAGGAACUGAAGAGGAAGAAGCUGCCCCAGAUGGAGCUGUUGCUGAGUACAGGCGAGAAAAACAAAAGUAUGAAGCUCUGAGAAAGCAACAGCCAAAGAAGGGAACUUCCCGAGAAGAUCAGACCCUUGCACUGCUGAGCCAGUUUAAAUCUAAACUCACUCAAGCAAUCACUGAAACACCUGAGAACAACGGUCCUGAAGCAGAAGUGGAAGACGAUGAAGGAUGGAUGUCACAUGUGCUCCAGUUUGAAGAUAAAACAAGAAAAGUGAAAGAUGCAAGCAUGCAAGACUCAGACACGUUUGAAAUCUAUGAUCCUCGGAAUCCGGUGAACAAAAGGAGAAGGGAGGAAAGCAAAAAGCUGUUGAGAGAGAAAAAAGAAAGAAGGUGAGAGGAGAGUGGUGAUGCCAGAACUGGAAGCCCGCCUACAGUGAUGUCCUUGCAGCCAUGUCCCUGGCAUCGUGGAAGGACAGGAAGCGAUUAUCUGAACCUGUUUUCUGGAAGUAUUUCCUUUUGUAAAUUUGGGAUGAUACAAGCAAAUGCUUUUGGUUACUGAUACAUUUUUUUUUUCUUAACUGACCUUUUAUAUUGCUAAAUCUGAAAUAAAACCAGUUUCUUUCUGGUUUAAAUGUUAA